CAUUCGUGUUCGGAAGAGGAGGUUAUACGCCAUAUAUGGUGUUUCUGUGACUACGUUUUGUGUGUAAUGUUUUUAUGCUAAUAUCAUUCUAAUAUCCAGCUGUAUGCUGUAGUAAGGCAUGCGCAGUGUCGUACUAAGAAAUCGGUGUGGAUUCAAAGUUUUUUGUCUGUAUUUCGUUAUUCGCGCUCAACGUAUAGUAGACUGGGAUGUUUGGUUUCCACAAAUCCAAGAUUUACCGCAGCAAUGAAGGCUGUUGCAUUUGCAAGACCAAGUCCUCCAGCUCGCGGUUCACAGACAGCAGCAGAUACGAGGAAAACUUCAGGCUAUGCUUUGGCUUGGUUGAAGAUCGAGUCGGAGACAUCUGCAAUGCUUGUGUCCUAUUAGUGAAGAGAUGGAAGAAACUGCCUCUGGGAUCUAAGAAGAACUGGAGCCAUGUGGUGGAUGCCAGAGCAGGGCCUGGCUUCAAGCUGACCAAACCCAAAAAGGUCAAGAGGAGUGACAUGAAAAAGAAGAGCAAACUAAGGAAGCUUCACAAAUUGAAAAGGCAAAAUUCGGACGCGCACAGCACCACCUCCAGCACGUCCCCGUCCCAGUCUCCCAGCUACAGCAACCAGUCCGAUGAUGGCUCGGACAUCGAGUCCAAGCAGAGGCGAUCCACCCCAUCCAUAUUCUCCUUCCUGGACCGCUCCUACUGGAAAAGGCAAAAGGUGUGCUGUGGCAUCGUGUACAAAGGCCGCUUUGGGGAGGUGAUGAUCGACCCUCGAGUCUUCAAGCCCUGCUGCAGCUCCAGGAAGCAGACGAAGCUCGCGCCCACGCCGGACGCCCAUCUCCCCGAAACGCGGCUCCCUGAGACGCUGCCCCCUGUGCUCCCGGAGGAGCUGAAGGAGAGUUGGUGACUGCACCCUCCCUCCCUGAGGUCUCUACACCAGUGGUUCUCAAACUUGGUCCUGGGGGACCCCUGUGCAUGCUGGUUUUCGUUGCAACCAUAAUUGCACACCCAGAAUUUUAACAAGCUGUUAAUUUUUCUUGUUUAGGUGUUUUCAUGUUCACCGAGCAGGAACGCACCUGAUUCUGCUAAUCAACCACUAGAGUCUUUGCUAAGCACCUUGAUUAGUAGAAUCAGGCGUGUUACUGCUUCGUUGAAACAAAAGCAAACACCCACACUGGCCCUUUCUGGAUAAGAUUGGGGACCCCUGCUCUAAAACAUGGAAGCACCUAAUCAAGAAAAAUUAACAGCUUGUUAAAAUUCUGGGAUUGCGAUUGUGGUUGGAACGAAAACCAGCAUGCACAGUGGUCCCCCUGGACAGAGUUUGAGAACCACUGCUCUACACCUCUGUUUUGUCUCCAGUGGCAGACUCUACCCCUCUCCUCCAUUCGUUUACUGUGUAUCUAUGAGACAGGUAAAUGGUAUCUCUGCUGGUUUUCUGAAAUGUAUUUGUCUGUUUAAAAAAAAAAAGAUAAUUUUUUUUAAAGAGAACAAAAAGCUUUUUCUAAAGUAUGGGCAUUAGUGAGAUAUUUAUAGGAUCAGGAAGCAUAAUUAUGUAUGAACUUAAAAGGCUGAUUAUUCUUUUUGUUUUGUAAGACUAAAACCAAUCGUUUUAAUUUAACAGUACCUAUGUUUGUAAAUACUGUCAUUAUGCCAGUGCAUCACUUGCCUCCUGUAGAUUCUUUCCAUUUUUUAUUUCCAUAUGGUAAAAAAUGAAUAAACGUGUGUUUUGUAAAAGGUGAAAGUAUUUGGAUACAGACAUGCAAAAUUUGGCAUCUCAAGCGGUAGGAUGGGUUUUUGGUUAAAGCAGAGCUACUAAGCAGUGUUAAUGCUGUUUGACAUUUUUCUGUUAAGAUUUUUACUUGUGGUCUGUAUAAAUUCAUUAUUGCUAGUCUUCCAAGAAGUUUUGAUUGUCAAGUUUUGUACCAUAUACUGUAACAAGUAAAGGAUUUACUAUAAUGGGCCUUAACAAAUGUAUAAGCAGAUGUGUAUUGUAAGAGGAUGAAAGAACCGUUGAUCUAUUGUUUUCUACCACAGCUUUGUGGAAUUGUUUUCUGCUAGGGGUGUUGUCAUAAACUCAAAUCUGCAGAAUACGGCAAGAGACCUUUUAUGCAGGGUGGAGAACUUUUGUAUUGGUGUGGGAUCAUUUGAACAUACUCUAGAAGUGGCAUAUUGACUGGAUUUAGGGUAUUGCUUGUUUUUCUUUUUCUUUUUAGUCAUCCUUUUGGGGUCCAUUGUAAUGUCCUUUAAAAAAGAAAAUCUGAAUCGACUGCAGACAUUUUGGAGAAUCUGUUCUGUUCUUGUCUUAGCGAGUUGGUUUCACCAAAGAUAGCAUCUUAUUGUCUAAAUAAACAUUGUCAUGCCCCCCCCCCC